GAACCUGAUUUUGACAGGAAGGAAUUCUUAGGAGCCAUGACUCUGAGUAAUUUAAGACCACAAUGCAUCACGGAGUACCUGCAAGUUGGGGACAACUUAGCUGUCCAGCUUCAAGUCCAUCCUAUCACUGCCCCCGCAUCCAAAGAGACUGGCGUCUCAGAGUACUGGUUCUGUGACCGCCAUCUUCAGGAAGUUCUACAGUUGAUCAAGAAACCCCUCUUUGACUGGAUGCAAGAAAGCAGGGAAGACGAAAAACAGAAGAAAAACCAUGAACCCAAAAUCUUAACUGGUAAUACAAUAAGACUGGUUUAUACGUUUAAGAAAAACCCUACAAGACAGUAUUUUCUAAUAAUGAACUUAGACUCUGGUGCUAAAAGCCACAUUAAUAAGCGUUUCCAAAAUCUUUGUUUAAAAAGUGAAAAAAUUGUCGUCUUUGUUUGUCGUAAAGAAAAAGGUUUCUCACCCUUGCUGACCGCCGUGUCCAGCUCUGCCAAUAAGACGUCAGAAACUUCCCAAACGUUAACAAUUAGUGACUAUUUCGGCGGCUGUGACAAUAACGAGGAACAGCCAGGGUCCGUUUCUUCUCAGUCCGGGGAUGAUAAAUUGACCAAAAGAGAGAAACUGAAGACUAUAGUGAGUCGGGAGAAACGGUUGCGUAGCAGGAAGAGAAACACUCAACAUUUAGUUGCUAAAAGUAAAGUGCCCGAGGUUCCUGAAGACCAAGAUUCUUUAAAAUCACCCAAAAAAUCGGCUGAAAAUAAGAACAAAGUUUCAAACACAGAUGAAAAUUCAAAGUCACGGAAAAGUUCCAAUUCCUGCAAGAAUGCCAAAUUGGUAAAUGAAAAGGGCUCGAAUGACGAUUUGGUCAACAAAAAAAUUGUAAAUAAACGUAACUGCAUCAAAGAAUUAGACAGUGAUGGCAGCACGUCGUCAUGCGAAAACUUACCCUAUUAUGGUUUCUCGAAGUCCAGCAAUUCCGAAGACCAUUAUAUCUCGAGUUCCUUUGAGCAAGACUUGGAUUUCGAAUCAUCGUACGGUGGUUCGCCAGUGAAGAGUCCCUCGAAAUUAAGCAGCAUCGGUAACAUCAGUGCCUCGACCGAUGCCACUCUGAACCAGUCGGACAUGAAUAAGAACGAAACGAAGACGAAAGAAAAUUGUGAGAAAAUGAAACUGCAAGGACUCAAAGACUCAUAUUCUUUAAAAACUGUUUUAUGUUCUGAAGAAAAUUCUGAUAUAGAUUCGGUGAAUAUCAAUGUGUUGAACUUAACUCCAAACCAGAUUCUGCUGUUAGUAAAAGACAGUAAACAGUAUUUACGUAACAUCUUCCAAGGGAAAGGAAUAAGUUGGCGACAUAAAAUGUACAAAAACGGUGGAACCGAUCGUCUACAACUAAAUUAUUUAUGUUUCUGGGGUUGUCUGUCGAGCAGCCAAUUGGACAGUAUUAUGGAAGGUUUGUUCAAAAUGUUCUGUAAGAGACACAUGAAGUAUGCCGAUUACGUGUCGAAGGUGCUGCUGGCCGAAAUGAUAACGAAGAUCUAUAUGGACACUUGUCAUCUCUCUCACGAAGAGGCUGAGACAUUGCUUCAGAAAUAAGAAUGAAGUAACAACAUCAACAACAACAACACAGACCUGUAACAACAAUGAUUGUCUUUGAGUUACCGUUUCCACAAGUGGGGUGACAGCAGUUGGCUAAUAAAGGAAUUAUUUGCCCCCACACUAAUUACAGGUAUCUCAAUGCAACUCAGUAAUUCAUUCUUGAACAAGUCAUUUAACUCUACUCUUUCCAUAAAAUUCUAUUUUGAUUCCGA